AUGUCGUCCACAACAGCCUGGACUGCUCGUCCGAUUAUUCCCGCUGGUAUCUACUACAUCAGGCCGAGGAGUUCCAGCACACUCUGCCUCCAGUUGAAUGUCGACGACUUUUCCAUAACUGCGGCUCAGGGGCCAGAGAGCACGAACACAGCACAACAAUGGAAGGUUGAAUACGUAGAUACCGAUCACACGUACAAGUUUACGAACUGCAACAAGAACCUUGAGAUGGGGAUCACUAAGGACGUCCCUCACGUCCGCGGGUCUAUCCGCGGUGUUGGCGAGGAGUGGAAAUGGCUCCUCACAAGUUACUGGAAUGGUUUCUUGAUUGGGGAUACUAGCAACCCAUACGUCGUGGAUCUCGACGAUGACAACAAAGAUGUGGUUCUCAACUACUACUCGCCCCUGAAACGUCUUGAUCGACAGGUCUGGGUCCUCGACCUGGUCGAAGGGACAGCGCCGGAGGUUACCAUCAUACCAGGAAGAUCAUACCGACUCAUCAACCUCGCCGACACAACCUACAGACUGGGCAUAACCUAUUUGAACAGUGCCUACAGGUUGUCCUUGAAGUAUGGUGGUGAUUCCACUGACAGUACUUGGUUGUUAUGCUUCAAUUCGGAGACCGGGCUUGUCAUUGCGUGUUCAUAUCCCUCUGCUCCUCCGUCUCGUCUCAACUACGUUACCAACGACACGGCCAUCACUAACUCUGCCAUUGUCUGCCGUUUGAUUCCGGAUGAUGAUACGAAUGGCGUCUUCUAUAUCAAUCCGAACUCGGGCGCCACUGGGCAAGUCCUCACGUCGAGAACGCCUCUUGCCUAUAAUAGUGCGGUGACAGUUGUGGACCCGGUCAAGGACGACAACAAGCAGAAGUGGAGAUUGGAGUUGUGCGGGUGA